AUGGUGUCUUACAUGAACACUCUCCCUGUGACCAGUAAGGAAAUCGCACAUGCAACGUUGAAGGACCAAACCUUAUCAAGGGUGUACACCACCGUACAACAAGGGUGGACCGAGGGUGAAGACAAAUGCCUCGGUGUUUUCUACAAUAAACGUACUGAAAUAAGCAUUCAUCAGCAUUGUUUGUUAUGGGGAAUACGUGUUAUUAUCCCCGAGGCGCUUAGAAGGAGAGUGUUAGACGAACUACAUGAAGGAUAUUUGGGCGUGGUUAAGAUGAAGAGCCUCGCCAGAAGCUACGUUUGGUGGCCUGGCAUUGAUGCUGACAUCGAGCAUGUUUGUAAGUCUUGUGUAGGAUGCCAAGACAUCAAGAAUUCACCGCCAGCCGCACCUAUCCAUCCUUGGGAAUGGCCAUCCAUUCCGUGGCAACGCAUUCACAUCGACUUUGCGGGACCAUUUCUCGAAAGGAUGUUUUACGUAGCUGUAGAUGCUCAUUCAAAGUGGCCGGAAGUGGUUGCUAUGACUUCGACAACGGCAGAGCGAAUUGUAGAGGUUCUCAGAGAAAUAUUCUGCAGGAAUGGAGUUCCAGCUCAGGUUGUGAGUGAUAACGGCCCACAGUUCAAAUCUGAACAUUUUGCCAAUUUUAUAAAGUCUAACGGGAUUAAACACACAACAUCCGCCCCGUACCAUCCGAGUACGAACGGUCUGGCGGAGCGCUUUGUCCAAUCUUUCAAAAGCGCAAUGAAAGCAAGUAAGAAAGACUCUGGGUCGAUCCAGAAACGCUUGGCUAACUUCCUAUUGGCAUAUAGGAACAGCAAACAUAUGACUACAAAUGAGAGCCCGGCAAAACUCUUCAUGGGACGCAACUUACCGUCACUGCUGGAUUUGAUCAAACCUGAUGUCCAACGACGCGUUAAUGAACAACAAUGGAAACAAGAGUCGAAACGACGUUUCUUAUCGUGUUGA